GGGAAGAAAGGAAGGCGGGGGCGGUGGCGGCGGCUGCGAGGAGGGGCCGUGCUCUCCCCGUGUCCCCGACUUGCGCUCAGGCGGCUGCCGCCGCCGCCGCCAUGUUGGCUUGAGAGGCGAUGACAGGAGGCGGCUGCGGCGUUUGAGACUGAAAAGUGGAGGAGGUGGAGGAGGAGAGACAAAGCUCCGAGAGGAAACCAUUCCCGGGCUGAGGAGAGGGAGGACCCGGCCUCUUCCGGGGACCAGCCGAAGUCGGCGUCGGAGGGGAGGGGAAGGCGGCGACGGGGGGGGUGGCGGAGGCAGGAGAGGAGCGCCGAGAAGCCGGAGACGAUGCGCCCCGAGACCCGCCGCUGCCCGGAGGCGCCCGCGGCCUGAGCCCCGAGGGGCCGUGGGGUCUCCCGCCCGGCCCGAGCUCCCCGCGCCCCCACCUCCCUCCCCCCGCUCGCCGCCCCGGGCUUUCGCUUCGGCCCCCAACUAGUUAAAUGCCCUUGAGCGCGGGUUUCCGCGGCCCGGCUCUCAGCCCCGGCAGCGCGAGUUGAGCCGUUUCCCCGAGCCGACCGCCGGCGCCGGUUCCUGCGCGGCCGCCACUCACUGCUCACGCGUCCAUGUGUAGCCACAUAGUUAUCUAUGUACAUCCACGCCGGGGCAUUUUCCUCCUGCUUAAUGAGGACUUGACUCGGGAGCAAGUGUGAAUCACUGCCGGGCUGGGAAAGGAGGAAGGCGGAUUUAACCCCCUCCCACCCCGCUCCAUGUCCGUGUGUCACUCGGCUCGGUCUACCUGGCGCGGCCGGUCCUGGAGCUGCUGCUGCUGACGACGACGACGACGACGACGACGACGACGACGGGGGCUGCUGCUGUCCGCCCGGGAGUUCCCUCCGGCUCCGGCCACCCAGUUCCUGGGGAUUGUUCCUCUUCGCUCGGAACCUCGGCCAGGCCGGCACUGUGACUCCGAAAUAACUUAUUUUUUGGAAAGCACAUCACGAACCGAUCGAGAUCGUUAAGGUUGAUUUCUGUAGCUUGAAGACUUCUGCUCUUUUUUGUUUGUUGUAAUUUUUUUCCCCCCCGGUAAACAUCUGGGUGUAUAUCAAACGGCAAGAUGUCCAGUAAUGUCCCGGCGGAUAUGAUAAAUUUGCGCCUCAUCUUGGUAAGCGGGAAAACAAAAGAGUUCCUGUUUUCUCCUAAUGAUUCUGCUUCUGACAUUGCGAAGCAUGUGUAUGACAAUUGGCCAAUGGACUGGGAGGAAGAACAGGUCAGCAGCCCAAAUAUUCUACGACUUAUUUAUCAAGGACGAUUUCUACAUGGAAAUGUCACAUUAGGAGCAUUAAAACUUCCUUUUGGCAAAACAACGGUGAUGCAUUUGGUGGCCAGAGAGACAUUGCCAGAGCCAAACUCUCAAGGUCAGAGGAAUCGCGAAAAGACUGGAGAGAGUAAUUGUUGCGUAAUCCUGUAAACGCCGUGUGCUGCGUGUGCUGUCAUGUGGUCUGUGUCUUUCACGCUGCUGGGACAGAAGAGACCCGACAUUGCUUCGGAAACCCUUAGGAAGAGUCUGCCUGUAAACCCACGGACCUGAUCCCAUGAACACUGUCAUCUUUCCUCAUCAAAGUAAAAAGAACCAAGAACAUUUUUUCACCAUGCGUUUUUAUUUCUAGUUUCUUCGUUUCUGUUGAGCAGUUUUAAAAUCUAUUGGUUUUUGGAUGCUGUCAAUCUCUAGGCGCACAGUUCGCAAGUUACCUUCCUAGCGGAAACCAUUUUGCCGCCACAGAAAUUUUCAUCACCAGAACUAACAAAUCAAGUGUUCCGAAUACAGUUUGCACUAAAAAAGAUUGACAUUGUUUUCUUCAUCAGCAGAUUUUACAACAUGGUGUAUGGUACCUUAAAAGUGCUCGGAAACACAAUUCCGCACUGGAAAACACUCAGCAAUUAAUGAAGUUAAUUAGUGGGCCCACUGGAGAGGGAAAAAUGGAAUAGAAAUGGAAAUGUUGGGUGAAUUCUAUCAAAGUCAGCCAUGGUGGCUGCACUGGCACAGAGUACAAAACUGAGUGUGACUAUUUUCAUGGCAACAAAUGAAAAAACAAAACGUGCCUGUUGUUUAAAGCACUCGGCGGAGAGCUGACGAAACGAAUUGCUUUUCCUUUCACACCUGCACUCCUCAGUCCCGCGGUCACUGAGUGCUUGUCCACACAGCACAAAAGGGGUGCGAGUGCGCUUCCUAGCCUUAACGUGGGAGGGUCAGUUCCAUUCUCGUAGACGUUCAUUGCCGCACAGAGAUAAUAGAAAACCUCAUUUACUUAUCAAUUUUAUGUAUUUGAAGAUCAGCAAAUUGGAUUUUUCCAAAAUUGCUCGUCUGGAACCGUCCAGUGUCACACUCACUCAUUGGGGUUCAAAUGAAUUCUUAAAAUUGAAAUAAUUCUCCAUAGUAACCAAUUUUGUUUCUUUAUGUAGUUUGCAUUUGGCAUUAGUGCUUGCAAUUGUAUUAAAAUCAAAAGCUGAUUUUUUAAGGCGUACUACAUGAUUAAGGAUGCCGUUCUUUUGUUUUGUACCAAUAAUUUAAAAAUUGAUAAUGCUAAAACCAAUUUGCACAGCACUAAAGCAUGAGCUAGUUUCAUCUAAACCUGUAAAAAUAUAAAAGAUUUUAUAUUUUUUCACUGGGAAGAAAUUCUUCCUGGAUGAAAUUACAAAUAUGUGUAGAAUAUAUUUAAUAAAAAACUUAUAAAAUACCUAACUAUAGAACUUAAAUAUAGAUUGGCGUGUAGUAUAUAGAACAAUAUUCCAUAUAAAUAACUUUAGCCUUUACGAGAACGAAGUUGCAGGCUGACAUUAUGUUCUGUACUUUGUGUCCAUGGCCCUUAAGAAAACAUUAAGUGUAAAUGGUUUCAAAUGGUCAGCUUUGUCUAAAGGUAAUCAGGUUAUUUUACUCAUUGUCAGUGCUUUGAUGAAAAGGCUUUAUAUGCAGUAGAUCUACGAAAAUAUUGUUCAUACUGAUCAGAAUUAAAUUUGUAUAGAGCAGAGUUUUAAAAUGAAUGUAAAUAGCACUAAACAUUUUCUUUCUGCAACCUGUACUUAGAGAUUCUUUCUGUAAACUAAAAAUAAAAUAUCGUAGUGCAUUUAUUUCAGUGGUAAUUUUAAAGGUCUUGAUUAAAUUGAUUGUUGUUUAAGCACCGUCUCAUCCAUGUUAAAAUUGUGUUCUACUUUUAUUUCUGAGUCUUUAAAAAUUUUGUGUAAUAUUCCAUUGUUAGUUUCAGGAGCAUUCACAGUGUAUCUUUGAUAUUUAACCUGGUUAAUUUGUGCACAGAGCAACAAUGGGUAGAAUUAUGCAGUCUCUGUUAUCACUAAAAUGUUGUAUUCGGAUGUUAAAUAUUUAUAUGCUUUGUUGACUAGCUCAAAUGUGAAUUCCGUUAGUGUUUGACUAAAGAAGAAUCUGGUAGUUACUAAAUUGGGCAAUUAAGCCAUUUAUGGCUCUGUUCUUUUGUAAAGCAAACUACUGGUGAUUAUUUUUAAUACCUGUUUUAAUUCUAAUUGCUCUUCUGUUUUUCCAAAGUUAAAGACUAUCAAUUCAUUAUGAUUGAAUUUGUAUGAUGGUUUAAAAAAUAUUCUCUAUUGGUUUUCAAUAUAUUUUUCUGUGUGUUCUCCUGUUAUAAAUUUCCCUUCUACAAGACCUCAAUUUAAAGUUUGCAAAAUGGAUAAACUGGUUCAUUAGUAGAGAAAGAAUUGUGUCACUUAAUUCCUAAUAACAUUGUUGUGCAAAAUG